AUGGACGUGCCGGGGGCGAUCCAUGCGCGGUUGGCGCGGGGGGGCGACGGGACCAAGCGCGUGCUACUGCAGUUCCAAGGCAUUCCCACCACCAAGCUGCACCCUGUUGGUUACCAACGCGAUGAAGUGAAAUGCCAAGGAAACAGGUCGAGUCCCAGAGCACCAGAGGUGACGACAACAACGACAACGUCUGCUAUGUCCAAGCUGUUUCACGAAUUGGAGCUUGAAAUCAACUCGCCCGACGUGGCAGAGGACGAGCCCGUAAUCCUCGUAGAGACGCCUCAAAAACGAAAGUCCAUCACGCGACAGCUGGAAAUGAUGAUCUGUGGCGCCGCCAUCGAACUGCCGACCGACGAGUGGGGCAAUGGACGGCGACGGCGGUCGCUCAGCGAUUCAUCCAUGCUGCAGCUUGAGGAAGAGCUGCUUCGGCCGCUGGACAUCGACAGCGCGGCAGCUCACGGCCGCCGUUCCCCCGUCAAGACGGAUCAGCACCCUCUCGCCCUGGAUACCAAGGCGCCUAGCCAGCCGCAGGACGAUGGGGCUGUCAAGCGCAAACUGAAAAAAGUACCUCGGCCAAAGCUAUCGUCCGACAAACUCUGGGCUGCGUGGCGGCGCAAGACUAAAGCCUAA